CCGGCCGCGCUCGGCAGCGCCCGCUCCUCCCGCCCCGCGGCGGGGAGGCGGCCCCGGCUGGGCAGGCGCCGGCUAACGGGGCAUCGGCGCCCAUAAUAAUCCCUCAUUAUAGCGGAGCGGGGGAGCGGCUCCUGGGACGGUGCCUGCGCCUCGGGCCGGCUCCCUGCGGCCCCGCCGGCUGCGGCGGCGGUGGAUGCUCGGCGCGGCCGGGCCGGGCGGGGAGGCGGCGGCAGGUGCCGCUAGCGGCGGGGGGUAGAUGGCGAGCGAGAAGCCGGUGUCGGGGCCGGACCCGCAGCCCGCGGGACUCAUCUCCGUCGGGGCCGGAGGAGGCGGCGGUGUCGCGGCGAUGGGGGAGCUGCGGGCGUCGGGCUCCGGGUCCGUGGUGCUGCCCGCGGGGAUGAUCAACCCGUCAGUGCCGAUCCGCAAUAUCCGGAUGAAAUUCGCCGUGCUCAUCGGACUCAUCCAGGUCGGCGAGGUCAGCAACCGGGACAUCGUGGAGACGGUGCUGAACCUGCUGGUUGGUGGAGAAUUUGAUCUAGAGAUGAACUUUAUAAUCCAGGAUGCAGAGAGCAUUACGUGCAUGUCAGAGCUUUUGGAGCACUGUGAUGUAACAUGCCAAGCAGAAAUCUGGAGUAUGUUCACAGCCAUUCUACGUAAAAGUGUCCGUAAUUUACAGACUAGCACAGAAGUUGGCUUAAUUGAACAGGUAUUGCUGAAGAUGAGUACUGUGGACGACAUGAUUGCAGAUCUUCUAGUUGAUAUGUUGGGGGUUCUUGCCAGCUACAGCAUCACUGUCAAAGAAUUGAAGCUUUUGUUCAGCAUGCUUCGAGGCGAAAAUGGAAUCUGGCCAAGACAUGCAGUUAAACUAUUAUCAGUCCUUAAUCAGAUGCCACAGAGACAUGGGCCUGAUACCUUUUUCAACUUCCCAGGCUGUAGUGCUGCAGCAAUUGCAUUGCCUCCUAUUGCUAAGUGGCCUUAUCAAAAUGGGUUUACUCUUAACACCUGGUUUCGUAUGGAUCCAUUAAAUAAUAUUAAUGUAGAUAAAGAUAAACCCUAUCUCUAUUGUUUCCGCACUAGCAAAGGUGUUGGGUAUUCUGCUCAUUUUGUUGGCAACUGCUUAAUAGUUACAUCAUUGAAGUCAAAAGGCAAAGGCUUCCAGCACUGUGUGAAGUAUGACUUUCAGCCACGCAAGUGGUACAUGAUAAGUAUUGUACACAUCUAUAACCGCUGGAGAAACAGUGAAAUACGGUGUUAUGUGAACGGUCAGCUGGUAUCCUAUGGUGACAUGGCCUGGCACGUUAACACAAAUGAUAGCUAUGAUAAAUGUUUUCUUGGCUCUUCGGAGACUGCUGAUGCUAAUAGAGUGUUCUGUGGCCAGCUUGGAGCAGUAUAUGUAUUCACUGAAGCACUCAACCCAGCACAGAUUUUUGCAAUACAUCAGUUAGGACCUGGAUAUAAGAGCACAUUCAAAUUUAAAUCUGAGAGUGACAUUCAUCUGGCUGAGCACCAUAAGCAAGUGCUAUAUGAUGGGAAACUUGCAAGUAGCAUUGCCUUUACUUACAACGCUAAGGCUACUGAUGCUCAGCUAUGCCUUGAAUCCUCACCAAAGGAAAAUCCUUCAAUAUUUGUACAUUCCCCACAUGCUCUUAUGCUUCAGGAUGUGAAAGCUAUCGUAACCCACUCCAUUCACAGUGCAAUUCAUUCGAUUGGAGGGAUUCAGGUUCUUUUUCCUCUCUUUGCCCAAUUAGACAAUCGACAGCUGCAUGACAGUCAGGUGGAAACAACAGUUUGUGCUACCCUAUUGGCUUUCUUGGUUGAGCUUCUUAAGAGUUCUGUAGCCAUGCAAGAGCAAAUGCUGGGUGGAAAAGGCUUUCUAGUCAUUGGCUACCUCCUAGAAAAGUCAUCUAGAGUUCAUAUAACUAGGGCAGUCCUGGAACAAUUUUUAUCAUUUGCAAAAUAUUUGGAUGGAUUGUCACAUGGAGCACCUUUACUGAAGCAGUUAUGUGAUCACAUUCUUUUUAAUCCUGCUAUCUGGAUACAUACCCCUGCAAAGGUGCAGCUGUCUUUGUACACCUACUUGUCAGCUGAAUUCAUUGGAACUGCUACAAUCUAUAACACUAUACGCAGAGUAGGAACAGUAUUGCAGUUAAUGCACACACUGAAAUACUACUACUGGGUGGUUAAUCCUGCUGAUAGUAGUGGCAUAACCCCUAAAGGAUUAGAUGGUCCUCGGCCCUCACAGAAAGAAAUCAUAUCACUGAGGGCAUUUAUGCUUCUGUUUUUGAAACAACUUAUACUGAAGGAUCGAGGAGUGAAAGAAGAUGAACUGCAGAGCAUAUUGAAUUACUUAUUAACAAUGCAUGAGGAUGAAAACAUUCAUGAUGUGCUGCAGCUGCUGGUGGCCCUCAUGUCUGAGCAUCCAGCAUCCAUGAUACCUGCCUUUGAUCAAAGAAAUGGGAUACGAGUAAUUUAUAAACUGUUGGCUUCCAAAAGUGAGAGUAUAUGGGUGCAAGCUUUGAAGGUCCUUGGAUAUUUUCUUAAACAUUUGGGUCAUAAGCGAAAGGUUGAAAUCAUGCAUACACACAGUCUUUUCACUCUUCUGGGAGAAAGAUUGAUGCUGCAUACAAAUACAGUGACUGUUACAACGUAUAACACACUUUAUGAGAUUUUGACAGAACAAGUAUGCACUCAAGUUGUUCAUAAACCACAUCCAGAGCCAGAUUCUACAGUGAAAAUUCAGAAUCCAAUGAUUCUUAAGGUGGUGGCAACACUGUUAAAAAACUCCACGCCAAGUGCAGAACUGAUGGAAGUUCGACGUUUGUUCUUAUCUGACAUGAUAAAACUUUUCAGUAAUAGCCGUGAAAACAGAAGAUGUUUACUUCAGUGUUCGGUGUGGCAGGACUGGAUGUUUUCUCUGGGAUACAUUAACCCCAAGAACUCUGAAGAACAGAAGAUUACAGAGAUGGUUUACAACAUUUUCCGUAUUCUCUUGUAUCAUGCAAUAAAAUAUGAAUGGGGAGGAUGGAGAGUGUGGGUGGAUACUCUUUCUAUAGCUCAUUCCAAGGUCACAUAUGAGGCUCACAAGGAGUACCUAGCAAAAAUGUAUGAAGAAUAUCAAAGGCAAGAGGAAGAGAAUAUAAAAAAAGGGAAAAAGGGGAAUGUGAGCACUAUCUCAGGUCUUUCAUCGCAGACAACAGGAGCAAAAGGUGGAAUGGAAAUUCGAGAGAUAGAAGACCUUUCACAAAGCCAAAGUCCCGAAAGUGAAACGGAUUACCCUGUCAGUACAGAUACGAGGGACUUGCUCAUGGCUACAAAGGUGUCGGAUGAUGUGCUUGGAAGUGCUGAGAGACCAGGAGGAGGAGUACAUGUGGAAGUUCAUGACCUUUUAGUUGAUAUAAAAGCUGAAAAGGUAGAAGCUACUGAAGUAAAACUUGAUGAUAUGGAUUUAUCACCAGAGACACUGGUAACUGGAGAAAAUGGUGCACUCGUGGAAGUUGAAUCUCUUUUAGAUAAUGUAUAUAGUGCUGCUGUUGAGAAACUCCAAAAUAAUGUUCACGGAAGUGUGGGUAUUAUUAAGAAGAAUGAGGAAAAAGAUAAUGGUCCAUUAAUAACUCUUGCUGAUGAGAAAGAUGAACCUUCUACUAACAGUACCUCAUUUCUUUUUGAUAAAAUACCUAGUCAAGAGGAGAAACUUCUACCUGAACUUUCAAGUAAUCACAUUUCUAUUCCAAAUGUGCAAGAGACGCAAAUGCAUCUUGGUGUAAAUGAUGAUUUGGGAUUGCUUGCACAUAUGACAAGUAGUGUAGAUAUAACAUGUCCUUCAAGUAUAAUAGAGGACAAGGAGUUCAAGAUUCAUACAACUUCAGAGGGAAUGAGUAGCAUUUCUGAGAGGGAAUUGGCUUCGUCAUCUAAAGGGUUAGAAUAUGCUGAAAUGACAGCCACAACUCUUGAGACAGAAUCUUCUGGUAGCAAAACUGUACCUAAUGUUGAUGCUGGAAGUAUAAUAUCAGACACAGAAAGAUCUGAUGAUGGUAAGGAAGCAGGAAAGGAGAUAAGGAAGAUCCAGACAACUACCACAACCCAAGCGGUGCAGGGUCGGUCUGUCACCCAACAAGACCGAGAUUUGCGCGUUGACUUGGGAUUUCGAGGAAUGCCAAUGACAGAAGAGCAGCGACGACAGUUUAGUCCAGGUCCACGCACAACUAUGUUUCGUAUUCCAGAGUUUAAAUGGUCUCCAAUGCACCAGAGGCUCCUGACAGAUUUGCUGUUUGCACUAGAAACAGAUGUACAUGUUUGGAGAAGUCACUCCACAAAGUCUGUGAUGGACUUUGUCAAUAGCAAUGAAAAUAUUAUUUUUGUACACAACACAAUACACCUCAUUUCCCAGAUGGUAGACAAUAUUAUUAUUGCUUGUGGAGGAAUUUUACCAUUGCUGUCAGCAGCCACAUCCCCAACUGGUUCUAAGGUUAGUAUUGCUGCUACGGAAUUGGAAAAUAUUGAAGUGACACAAGGAAUGUCAGCAGAGACAGCAGUAACUUUCCUCAGUCGUCUGAUGGCAAUGGUUGAUGUACUGGUAUUUGCCAGUUCUCUAAAUUUCAGUGAGAUUGAAGCUGAAAAAAACAUGUCUUCUGGAGGUUUAAUGCGACAGUGCCUAAGGCUUGUGUGCUGUGUGGCUGUGAGAAACUGCUUAGAGUGUCGGCAAAGGCAGAGAGAGAGAGUGAACAAGACUUCACUAAUCAGCAGUAAAACUCAAGAGACUCUUCAGGGUGUAACUGCAUCAGCAAUAACCAAGAAUCCCCUUGAAAAUGUCCCCGGCAAUCUUUCUCCUAUAAAAGACCCUGAUAGACUUCUUCAGGAUGUUGAUAUUAAUCGUCUACGAGCAGUUGUUUUUCGUGAUGUGGAUGAUAGCAAACAGGCUCAGUUCUUAGCUUUGGCAGUAGUAUACUUUAUUUCUGUUCUGAUGGUCUCCAAAUACCGUGAUAUACUAGAACCUCAGCGAGAGACUGCAAGAUCUGGGAGCCAGGCAGGUAGAAAUAUCAGACAAGAAAUAAAUUCACCAACAAGUACAGUUGUGGUCAUACCAUCUAUCCCUCACCCAAGUUUGAACCAUGGAUUCCUUGCCAAGUUAAUUCCUGAGCAGAGCUUUGCCCACUCAUUUUACAAAGAGACACCAACUGUAUUUCCAGAUAAUAUCAAAGAAAAAGAAACACCAACACCAGUUGAAGAUAUUCAGCUGGAAAGCUCUAUUCCUCAUACGGAUUCUGGGAUUGGAGAGGAACAGAUGCCCAAUAUUUUGAAUGGGACAGACUUGGAGGCGAGCCCAGGCCCUGAUGCUAUGAGUGAGCUAUUGUCCACUUUGUCUUCUGAGGUGAAGAAAUCUCAGGAAAGCUUAACCGAAAGCCCCAGUGAAAUCUUGAAACCUGCAUCAUCAAUAUCCAGUAUCAGUCAAAGUAAAGGCAUCAAUGUCAAGGAAAUACUGAAAAGUCUUGUGGCAGCCCCUGUUGAAAUUGCCGAAUGUGGUCCAGAUCCUAUUCCUUACCCAGAUCCAGCACUGAAGAGAGAAGCUCAGGCAAUUCUUCCCAUGCAGUUUCACUCAUUUGACAGGAGCGUGGUCGUGCCGGUGAAGAAACCCCCACCAGGUAGCCUUGCUGUUACUACAGUUGGAGCCGCUACAGCUGGGAGUGGACUGCCACCGGGUAGUACACCUAAUAUAUUUGCUGCAACAGGAGCUACACCAAAAAGUAUGAUUAAUACAACAGGUGCAGUAGACUCAGGAUCUUCUUCUUCCUCUUCGUCAUCCAGCUUCGUGAAUGGUGCUACCAGCAAAAAUCUCCCAGCUGUCCAAACUGUUGCUCCAAUGCCAGAGGAUUCAGCUGAAAACAUGAGUAUCACUGCAAAGCUUGAAAGAGCCUUAGAAAAGGUGGCCCCCCUCCUGCGAGAAAUUUUUGUUGAUUUUGCCCCUUUCCUAUCCCGUACAUUGUUGGGCAGUCAUGGACAAGAGCUGUUGAUUGAAGCUGUGCUGGUUCCCUCGCUGAUCUCUCAGUAUGGCCACAAGGUUGCCAAAGAGAAGAAACACAAGGCAGGAGGGAGAACAGGUCUGGUUUGUAUGAAGUCGAGUACUUCAGUGGUUGAACUUGUUAUGCUGCUUUGUUCACAGGAAUGGCAAAAUUCUAUUCAGAAGAAUGCAGGACUUGCAUUUAUUGAGCUCAUCAAUGAAGGAAGAUUAUUAUGUCAUGCAAUGAAAGACCAUAUAGUGCGUGUUGCAAAUGAAGCAGAAUUUAUUUUGAACCGACAAAGAGCUGAAGAUGUCCACAAGCAUGCUGAGUUUGAGUCACAGUGUGCUCAAUAUGCUGCUGAUAGAAGAGAGGAGGAAAAGAUGUGUGAUCAUCUUAUCAGUGCUGCUAAACAUAGAGAUCAUGUUACAGCCAAUCAGUUAAAACAGAAGAUACUCAACAUACUGACAAAUAAGCAUGGUGCCUGGGGAGCUGUCUCUCACAGCCAACUGCACGACUUCUGGCGCUUGGAUUACUGGGAAGAUGAUUUGCGCCGACGGAGGCGAUUUGUUCGCAAUGCUUUUGGGUCUACUCAUUCUGAUGCCCUCCUAAAAGCUGCUGUAGAAUAUGGCACUGAAGAAGAUGUGGUAAAGUCAAAGAAAACCUUCCGAAGUCAAGCUGUAGUAAAUCAGAAUGCAGAAACGGAGCUUAUGCUGGAAGGGGAUGAUGAUGCUGUUAGUCUGCUCCAAGAGAAAGAGAUUGACAACCUUGCAGUUUUAGCUCCUUUUCUUCCCAGACUGUUCACUUCAAGAGGCCCCGUGGUGCUCAGCACGCCGGCUCAGCUCAUCGCCCCCGUGGUGGUGGCCAAGGGGACGCUCUCCAUCACCACCACGGAAAUCUAUUUCGAGGUGGACGAGGAUGACCCGCCUUUCAAGAAGAUCGACCCCAAGGUCCUUGCCUACACAGAAGGUCUUCAUGGAAAAUGGAUGUUCAGUGAGAUUCGGGCUGUUUUUUCAAGACGUUAUCUUCUCCAGAACACAGCUUUGGAAGUGUUUAUGGCAAACAGAACUUCGGUUAUGUUUAAUUUUCCUGACCAAGCAACGGUGAAAAAAGUUGUGUACAGCUUACCACGUGUUGGAGUAGGAACCAGCUAUGGUUUGCCACAAGCCAGGAGAAUCUCUCUGGCCACUCCCCGACAGCUUUAUAAAUCCUCCAACAUGACUCAGCGCUGGCAGAGACGGGAGAUAUCUAACUUUGAAUACUUGAUGUUCCUCAAUACUAUAGCAGGACGAACGUACAAUGAUCUGAACCAAUACCCUGUAUUUCCGUGGGUCUUAACAAAUUAUGAAUCUGAAGAGUUAGACCUGACCCUUCCAGGCAACUUCAGGGAUCUUUCAAAGCCUAUUGGUGCUUUGAACCCAAAGAGAGCGGUCUUCUAUGCAGAACGUUACGAGACUUGGGAAGAUGAUCAGACUCCACCUUACCAUUAUAACACCCACUAUUCCACAUCUACUUCUACAUUGGCCUGGCUUGUUCGUAUUGAGCCCUUUACAACAUUCUUUCUAAAUGCAAAUGAUGGCAAAUUUGACCACCCAGAUCGAACCUUCUCCUCAGUUGCAAGGUCUUGGAGAAACAGCCAAAGAGAUACCUCAGAUGUGAAGGAGUUAAUUCCAGAGUUUUACUACCUACCAGAGAUGUUUGUCAACAGUAAUGGUUAUAAUCUAGGAGUCAGAGAAGAUGAAGUUGUUGUGAAUGACGUUGAGCUUCCUCCUUGGGCCAAGAAGCCUGAAGACUUUGUCCGUAUCAACAGGAUGGCCCUGGAAAGUGAGUUUGUAUCAUGUCAGCUUCAUCAGUGGAUUGACCUUAUAUUUGGCUACAAGCAACGAGGACCAGAAGCAGUGCGCGCACUCAACGUUUUCCACUACCUAACGUAUGAAGGCUCUGUGAACCUGGACAGUAUCACUGAUCCUGUCCUCAGGGAGGCCAUGGAGGCGCAGAUACACAAUUUUGGACAGACGCCAUCUCAGUUGCUCAUUGAGCCCCAUCCACCGCGGAGCUCUGCCAUGCACCUGUGUUUCCUUCCACAGAGUCCACUCAUGUUUAAAGAUCAGAUGCAGCAGGAUGUCAUAAUGGUGCUGAAAUUUCCAUCAAAUUCCCCUGUCACACAUGUGGCAGCCAACACGCUCCCCCACCUUACCAUUCCUGCAGUGGUAACCGUCACUUGCAGCAGACUUUUUGCAGUGAAUCGAUGGCAUAACACAGUAGGCCUUCGGGGAGCCCCAGGAUAUUCUUUGGAUCAAGCCCAUCAUCUUCCAAUCGAAAUGGAUCCAUUGAUUGCCAAUAACUCUGGUGUGAACAAACGGCAGAUCACAGACCUUGUGGAUCAGAGCAUCCAGAUCAAUGCACAUUGUUUCGUGGUCACAGCAGAUAAUCGCUACAUUCUCAUCUGUGGUUUCUGGGACAAGAGCUUUCGAGUUUAUUCUACAGAAACAGGAAAAUUAACUCAGAUUGUGUUCGGCCACUGGGAUGUCGUUACUUGCCUUGCCAGAUCAGAGUCCUAUAUCGGUGGUGACUGCUACAUCGUGUCUGGGUCUCGUGAUGCUACAUUGCUGCUUUGGUACUGGAGUGGCCGACAUCAUAUUAUAGGUGACAAUCCAAAUAGCAGUGAUUAUCCAGCUCCUAGGGCUGUGCUAACUGGUCACGACCAUGAAGUUGUCUGCGUAUCAGUCUGUGCAGAGCUGGGACUUGUUAUCAGUGGUGCUAAAGAAGGUCCUUGUCUGGUACACACAAUUACUGGAGAUUUGCUGAGAGCCCUGGAAGGAACAGAAAACUGCUUGUAUCCUCGCUUAAUUUCAGUAUCUAGUGAAGGUCACUGCAUCAUCUACUAUGAACGAGGACGGUUCAGCAAUUUCAGCAUUAAUGGCAAACUCUUAGCUCAGAUGGAGAUCAAUGAUUCAACCAGGGCCAUCCUCCUGAGCAGUGAUGGGCAGAACCUGGUGACAGGGGGAGACAAUGGGGUAGUGGAAGUAUGGCAGGCUUGUGACUUCAAGCAGCUCUAUAUUUACCCUGGCUGUGAUGCUGGCAUUAGAGCUAUGGAUCUGUCUCAUGAUCAGAGAACUCUGAUUACUGGCAUGGCAUCUGGCAGCAUCGUAGCCUUUAAUAUAGAUUUUAACCGGUGGCAUUAUGAACAUCAGAACAGAUACUGAAGUGGAAAGAAGAACUGACAGCCCAGGUAAAGCUGAGAGCACAAGUGCUGCAAUGAAAGGUGUAGUCUCUGGUGGAAAAACACGUCUGCAUUGACCUCCGUUGUACAUUCCAUUACACCCAGCAAUAGCUGUACAUUGUAGUCAGCAACCAUUUUACUUUGUGUGUUUUUUCACAACUGAACACCAGCUGCUGAAAAGCAAGCUUAUAUCAUGUAAAUUAUAUGAAUUAGGAGAUGUUUUGGUAAUUAUUUCAUAUAUCUUUGUUUAUUGAGAAAAGGUAGUAGGAUGCGCCACAAGAGACUUUUGAAAAUUCUGAGGAACCUUGUGUCCAGUUGUUUCAAUGUUUAGGCUAUGAACCUAACAUGCAUCCCAUCUCCAGCCUCUUUUCAAGCUGAGAAAAAAAAUACGUUUGAUACUUUGUACAUCAGAUGCACAUCUUAACUUUAAAGGGAUACUUUUGUAAAAGUAAAACCUUGUAUAAAGAACAAAACUGUUUCUUAAUUUUAUUGUGGAAUUACAACUUGCAUGUACUUUAAACCUGAUGUCUUGGAGGAACAGGUGCAUUCACACAAAUCAAACUGGAGAUCUGUCUAAGGGUACAGCUUGUAGUAAAGGGUUGAAUUUGGGUGCAAACAGUAAUAUUGACAUUUUCACCAAAACAUGUUUUUCACUUUUUGAAUCUAAACGUUACCCCUUUGAAGUGGAAUUCUGCUCAUGAAGCAUUUGGAUGAAAAGCCAUCAUUUGCCAUAUUUAUACUUUAUACAGUAGAGAAUAAAUUCCUCCCUUUUAAAUUCAAAGACUAGUAAAAAGGGAGCAAAGAGGGGAAGUUCAGUUUAAUGCUCUGUAAUGCUUAAUGACUCCCAAUGCAUAGAAAGUGCUAUACUUCUGGAUUGUUAACAUUUGGCAUAGAAACCAUUGUGGGAGAGAGCCUAAAAUAUUUUUUUUCCCUUAUUUUUCCUCUGAGCAGCUUGGUUUAUUUAUCAGCCUUAGCUUCAUUGCAAAGGUGACUGAGGUUAUUCUUUUUGAUUCUUCUGAAAAUCUCACCUGAAGCCACAUUCUCAGACUAAGGCACUUCAUAUUUUACAAUACUGUACUGAUAACUAUCAGAAUAAUUUUCUGCACAUUGUACUGAUCAAAUUACACACCCAGGGGUAUAUACACUUUAAUUCAUGUUUCUUCUUUGUAUAUUUGGUGACUGUAUUGUCAUAGAUGUACAUAUUGUGUCGGUAGGGCUAUGAGGCAUGUAACAGGAAUGUAAUUUUCUCAGAAUUUACACUCACUUGCAGUCAUUUAUUUAAAAAGAUAAUGGAUUCUUUGUAUUGGCACUUUGCACCAGAAACAUAUCAUUAUUUAUUGAUGUGAUUACUUAUUUGUUAUCCACCUUGUAUUAGUAAGUUUAGCACUGAAUUUCCUUCUUCAUUGUUGUUUGUAUUUAUAAGAUUCAGAAAUCAUGGGGAUCAACGUAAUGAUUAAGUUAUUCAUCACCAGUCUGUAAGCAAUAUCUUGAGUUUGUAGCUUAGAAUUGGGAGAAUAUUGAACAUCUGGAAGACAAGUUCAUUUCAUCUUGAGAUCAUGGUGAAAUAUUUUGGAUAUAUAAAUUCCUUAAGCUAUUGUAACCAUGUUUUAUUGCAAAGAUGUAAAAUAUGCCAGAUGUGUGUGAGUUGGAAAUCAAAAAGAAAAAUAAAAUAUGCAAAGAAUUCA